AUGGAGCUAAGACCAACCAUUAAGUUCAAGCUAAAUGGAGUAUCCAAAUCCGGUGCUGAUGUCGAUACCUUGGAACUCCAAGCUUGCCACCGCGCUCUCAACAACCUGCGGAGUUUAUUGUUUCAAGAGCCGAUGUUAGAUCUCCUGAAAAACCAAAUCGAAGAAGGAAACCGCUAUUUUGAAUCGCUGAUUCAAGACUCUCGAGGAGGAUUCAGAGAAUGCAGAACAUACAUGAAAGUAACCGGGGUCUCGGCGACAGACCUGAGAACAAUCUGCGGUCGCUGGCAGGUCUACCAGCCCCUUGAUGAGAUGGCGCGAUCGUUUGUAUUCCCAACGCACCCAGAAAACUAUAUGGUUAUGCAUUCGCCCGAAGCUUCCGCCAGCAUUGGGCCAGACUGUGGGGUGGAGGUCAUCGGGGAGCAUAUGGCCAAGGUACAAUUUUCUAAUCUCAUGGACGGUGGAGAGAUUCCCAAGUGGAUGGCGAAGCAGCGAGAGGAAGAGUAUGAAAUGGUGGAGAUCUUGCUUGCGAAAAUUGACAGUGGGAGCAAGUUCUUCUAUAUCAUGAACGAAUUCAUGGAUACCGAGGGCGGUUGCAAGAUCAAGCUACGGACCUUUUUUCCCUCUGCUUCGCCUUGGAUAUUGGUUAAUGGAUAUGCUGAGCAUCUUGCAAUCGAGUUUCGAAACCUCCUUCACAUGGUUUAUGAGACCAUCGAGGAACUUGAAGACAGCUAUUGA